UAAACUUUCUGUAGGCAGCUCUGAGCAGCGAACACGGCAACCUUCAGGACGCGCCGAGCUGUUAGCGAUUGGAGCAUUUUAAUUAUAAAGUCAAUUAUUAACCGGCCGGUUAUUUUAUUAUAUCAAGCUGCUUAAUUUGGGCUUUUUGUCCUUCACGGAUCAGAGCAGAGUGUUUGCAGGAUGUCGCGUUUCUAUGUGGCUGUCCUCUUCUGGGUCUCAGUUCAGGUGGGGGUGUCUUCUACCCGUGUGAAGAGGAUUCGGGGGACUGAGAACUACAGAGGGCCCUGGCCCUGGUACCUGACCAAGGUAGAGCUGGCAGCAGACGUCUUGUACAAGGCGGAGCUGGCUGGAAACGAGGACGGAAUAUUCGAGCUGGAUCUGGUGUCAGGAUUUCUGUGCGCCCUCAAGCCCUUCGAUCGGGAGGAGAAGGCGAAUUACACCGUAACGGUAAUCUGGUCACAUUGCCAAAUCACCAGGAGCAGCCCUGUUUUCGGCACACAGGUGAUCGGAGGGGACGAGACGGUGACGGUCAUCAUAGAAGUGACGGAUGAAAAUGACAACUCGCCGGUCCUUCACCAGAGCUCGCUGCGCGGCGUUGUCAGCAGAGGAACCCGAGCAGGGGUCUCUUUCAUGCAUGUCGGGGCCACAGACGGAGACGACCCAGCCACAGAGAAGGCUGACUUACGUUACACAAUCAUCCAACCCGAUGAGAGCGUGUUCCAGAUAGAGCCGAGGACGGGAGCCGUGUCCCUAACGGAACAAGGUGUCACUGUCAUCUCCCGGGGCGAUGUCGGCCAUUUUAGGCUGUUGGUUCAGGUGAAGGAUCUGGCCGGUAGUCCUUUGGGAUUGGCAUCUUCCGGUAACCUGGAAAUCGCGGUGGCAGAAAACACCUGGAGCGCCCCCGACCCCGUGUCCAUUCCCGAGAACCGGAAAGGAGAUUAUCCCGACCUCAUAUCUGAGGUGCGCUGGAACAGUACGGAGAUCCGAUAUGACGUGUCGGGGAACUUCCUUCGCGGUCUGUUCACCGCCGACCAGAGCGGAAAUAUUUACGUCGCCCAAGAACUCGACCGAGAGAGCCAAUCCGAGUAUGAGGUGGAAGUGUCGGCUCUGAACACUGAGGGGGUCCCGUACGCCGCCCCCCUCCGCCUCACCGUCACCGUGACCGAUGAGAACGACAACGCGCCGCUCUUCACACAACACGCCUACAAUGUGGAGAUCACGGAGGCCGCGGAGAAAGCGCUGAGGUCCUGGGCUCAGAUCUGCAUGGGGCUCGUAUGCUCUUCCUGUGUUUCUUGCAGCGCUGAGGUCCUGGGCUCAGAUCUGCAUGGGGCUUGUCGCCUCCUCCUGGAACUGAAGGCGGAGGACGGAGAUGACCCCUCUACCCGGAAUGCAGAGAUUGUAUACAACAUCGAGAGCCAGGAGCCUGGGAUCCCAGGGGGCGGCCUCUUCCGUAUCGGAGGGAGAAGCGGGCGGCUGACCCUGCAAGAGGACGGCCUGGAGCCCGCCACCUACACCCUGAUAGUCUCUGCCACCGACAGGGCCGGAGAACCGGGAGGACUGCGCGGCUCCUGCACAGUGAUGAUCGAAGUGAAGGACGUGAAUGACAGCCCGCCGGUCUUCACCCGGAACCAGUUUCCGCCAUUUAUGAUUUCGGAAGACGCUGCGCCCGGCACAUCCGUUGUGACCCUGACAGUGACUGACGGCGAUGUGGAGACGGAGAACAAAGCGAUGGAGUUCUCCGUACAGUCCGGGAAUGAAGACGGAACUUUCAGCAUCAAACCCGAUGAGGACCAGAACACCGUCACCGUCUUCCUGGACAAGGUUUUGGACUUUGAGCGGGUUCAGGAAUAUCGUCUCGCGGUGGCGGUGAAGAACGCGGCGGAUCUCGUCGGCGCAGAGUACGGCUCCUCCUCUACGGCCUCCAUUGUCAUCGCUGUCGGGAAUGUGAAUGAGCCUCCGAUCUUCGCAGUGGAGAAAUAUGAAGCCCGAGUACCAGAAAACACUCCGCCCGGAGUGCUCAUCCUCACCGUGUCCGCCUCCGAUCCCGAUAUCCGCCACCAGACCAGACUGAGGUUCAGCAUCGGAGGUGACGACAGGAAUUGGUUGUCCAUUGAUGAGGAUUCCGGGGAAAUUCGGCUGCGGCAUUCGGUGGACAGCGAGCAGUAUGGCGACACUUACAACGUCUCGGUCCUGGCGCGGGAGGCGGGUGACGGGGGUCUGUCGGCCUCGGCGGUUGUCGUGAUCCGUAUCCUGGACGUCAACGACAACAUUCCGAUCCUAACCGGAGACUACAGCAGCGAAUAUUUCUGCACCCCGAGAAGGGAGGAGCAGAGAACAAUCAUCCGGGCGUUCGACGGGGAUUCCCCGGAGAACGACGCCCCCAUCGCGUUCAGCUUACCCAACGACGCGGCCCUGCGGAGCCAAUGGAUGCUGACCGCCAUUAACGGGACGCACGCUUAUCUGUCGAUGAGGAGCCGCCAACUGGAGCCCAAAGUCCACCGCGUGCCCAUCGUCAUCACCGACAGCGGGGCGCCGCCUCAGAGCAAACAUGUGCCCAUCACAGUGUGUCACUGCAACAGCAGAGCUCGAUGCAAGGUGGAUGUGGGCAGGAUGGAAGGGAUGCCCACCUUAUCCUCCGCUCUGGGCAUCACCCUGGGCACGCUGGGGGCGAUUGGGAUCUUCCUCAUCAUCAUCUUCUCUUACCUGGCAUUGUCCACCCCGCGCCGGAGGACAGAAACGACAGACGGCAUUCCGCUGAAGAGCGCCAUUUGA